CUCGUCUUUUUCCGGUCUCUUUUCAUCCACGCGUCCCUACUGUGAGUUAAUCACCUUGUCUUUAAACCGGCUGUUAACCGAUCCUUGGAAGCACUGCAAAGAUGCCCAGGGAAGACAGGGCCACGUGGAAGUCCAACUACUUCUUAAAAAUCAUUCAAUUACUGAAUGACUACCCGAAGUGCUUCAUUGUGGGCGCAGACAAUGUCGGCUCCAAGCAGAUGCAGACUAUUCGUCUGUCCCUGCGGGGCAAGGCGGUCGUGCUCAUGGGCAAGAACACCAUGAUGCGCAAGGCCAUCCGUGGCCACCUGGAGAACAACCCAGCUCUGGAGAAGCUGCUCCCCCACAUCCGUGGCAAUGUUGGCUUUGUCUUCACCAAGGAGGACCUGACUGAGGUCAGGGACUUGCUGCUGGCCAAUAAGGUUCCUGCAGCUGCCCGUGCUGGUGCCAUCGCCCCCUGUGAGGUGACUGUGCCUGCUCAAAACACUGGUCUGGGUCCUGAGAAGACUUCCUUCUUCCAGGCUUUGGGUAUCACCACCAAGAUCUCCAGAGGAACCAUUGAAAUCUUGAGCAAUGUGCAGCUGAUUAAACCUGGAGAUAAGGUGGGUGCCAGCGAGGCCACGCUGCUCAACAUGCUGAACAUCUCGCCCUUUUCCUACGGGUUGAUCAUCCAGCAGGUAUAUGACAAUGGCAGCGUCUACAGCCCUGAGGUGCUGGACAUCACUGAGGAUGCCCUGCACAAGAGGUUCCUAGAGGGUGUGAGGAACAUUGCCAGUGUGUGUCUGCAGAUUGGCUACCCCACUCUCGCCUCUAUCCCCCAUUCUGUCAUCAAUGGAUACAAGAGGGUGCUGGCUGUUGCAGUGGAGACUGACUACUCCUUCCCCUUGGCUGAUAAGGUGAAGGCCUUCCUGGCUGACCCCUCCGCUUUUGCUGCAGUGGCAGCUCCUGUGGCAGCGGCAGCCCAAGAGACGGCUGCAGCCCCUGCUGCUGCGGAGCCAGCUAAGGAGGAGUCUGAGGAGUCUGAUGAGGACAUGGGCUUCGGCCUGUUCGACUAAACUGCAGUGAACACCGUAACUGCUGAUUUAACACCAAUAAAAUCUGGAAAAACUA